AUGGCGGAGGCCGGGGCGCAGACGCGGCAAUAUGCCGUGCAGCUGGCGGGAGCUGGAGGAACGAUUACGGGAUCGUUGAGGGUCACGCCAGCGGGAAUGCAGUGGAAGAGCAAGGAGGGGGGCAAGACGGUCACAGUCCUCAAGGCGGAUGUGCAGGGGCUGCACUGGACCAACGUGGGACGGAGCUGCAUGCUGAUCGUCGGGGCGAAGGCCAAGGGGCAGGAUACGCCGAAGUCGUACAUCUUCACUGGCUUCCGCGCCACGGACGCGGAUUCCUUGCGCACGGCGGCAAAGGAGCUGUACGAGAGGGACGUGCAGGUGGGGGAGAUCAGCAUCACCGGCAGGAACUGGGGCGCGCUGAAGAUCGAUGGGGCGUCCCUGCGGUACCACGUCGAUGACAAGCUGGCCAUCGCGCUCAACCUGCCAGACGUCAGUCAGGUGCAGCUCAACAACAAGACGGACGUCAUGGUGGAGUUCCCCCAGGACGACACGGCCGGCAACGACGACGCGCUGAUGGACAUGACCUUCUUCAUCCCGGCAACGAACGAGGACCUCGGCGACCCGGCCGACAUGGACGAGGAUGGGCCCGCCAAGGUGGUGUACUCGUCUGUCAAGGAGAUCGCCGACAUCGACGAGGGAGAGGCGAAUGCCGUGGCAUCCUUCGGGGAGGUGUCCGUCAUCGUGCCCAGGGGCAAGUUCACGGUCGAGAUGCACAUGGGUCUCAUCAAGCUGUUGGGCCAGGCGCAGGACUUCGUCAUCCGGUACAACUCCAUCGCGAGGUGCUUCGUGCUUCCGAAAGCACAGACGCCGCACACCAUCGUGGCGAUCUCGCUCGACCCGCCGAUCAGGAAGGGACAAACGUACUACCAGCACAUCCUGCUCCAGUUCCCGUCAGACGAGGAAGUGGAGGUGCCGGAGCUCAACUUGACGCCGGAGCAGUUCGAACAGAAGAACAAGAAAUGCGGCGGCAAGCUGGAGAAGUCGUACAGCGGGCUGGCGUUCGACGUCUUCGCCAAGCUGAUGCGCGGGCUGGCUGGCGCGAAGCUCACUCGGCCUGGCAAAUUCCGCACCGCUCAGGACGACGCGUACGCUGUGCGGUGCAGCUACAAGGCGGACGACGGCUACUUGUACCCGCUCGAGCGCGCAUUCUUCUACGUGCACAAGCCGCCUAUGCUGAUUCCCCAUGACGACAUCAGCUCCGUCAUGUUUGAAAGAAAGGGCGAAGGGGUGAGCACGAAGACCUUCGACCUGACCGUCAUCACGAAGCAGGAUGCAGAGCACCAGUUCCGUGGCAUCGCUCGCGAAGAGUGGCACAACCUCCUCGAGUUCAUCCAGGCCAAGAAGCUCAAGAUUGGGAACCUCAGGGAGGCUCAAGCCGGCCCGGGUGGGGCCAGGGGCACCAUGGCGACUCUUCAGGCGAUGGAGGGCGAUGUCGACCACGCGGCUGAGCUGUUCCGCACCGAUGACCUCGAGUCGGAAGACGACGAAGACUUCGACGCGGGCGAGGAAGGGGAGCCGUCGGACGACGACGACUCCAGCCUGUCGGAGGGCGGUGACGAAGAGCCCGGCGAGCCCAAGGAAAAGAAGGAGAAGAAGAAGAAGAAGCGGCCGGUGAAGGAGGCGGAGGAGGAAGCCCCGAAGAAAAAGAAGCGCGCCAAGAAGGACCCGAACGCUCCCAAGCGCAACAUGUCGGCGUACCUGUACUACUCAGCGGAGAUGCGCGACAAGCUCGACGUCGAGAAGCCGGGGCUCUCGCUGACGGAGAAGGCCAAGCUCAUCGGGGCGCGCUGGAAGGAGCUGAAGCCGGAGGACAAGGAGCCGUACGAGGACAAGGCGCGCAAGGACAAGGAGCGGUACGAGGCCGAGAUGCAGGAGUACCGCGCCGGCACGUUCAAGCCCGCGGGGGCGACCGCUGACGGCGACACCAAGGUGAAGGAGGAGCCGGCCGACGCGCCGCAGGUCAAGCCGGAGGAGCCCGCGGAGGAAGAGGAGAAGCCGGCGGUGUAG